AUGGCUAUCAAGGAGGUCUUCACCGAUUCGACAUUCGCCAAAUACAUCAAAGCCAUCCGGGAGUCGCCUCGUGAGCUUAUCUCUAACCGCAAGCUCCUUCUCACAGCUGCCCUCUAUGCAACGAGCGGCAUCCCCAUUACAUGGGACCAAGGAUCAUCAUCCGUAGUGCCCUCCCUCCCAGGUUUCCAGAAAGACUUCGGCAUCACAUCAGCCACCAACCCAACCCAGGUCUCCAACUUCAUCUCGUUCGUAUAUAUCGGUGCCGGCAUAGGAGCGGCCCUAUCUUUCUUCCUCAAUGACCGGAUCGGACGCAUGUGGUCAUACCGUCUUUAUAUGACAAUAUGGAUCAUAGGACAAAUCAUCGCCACCGUGUCAUUCGGCAAUCUCGGCGCCCUUUACACCGCCCGUAUCGUUUCGGGCCUGGGAAUCGGUGCCCUCACCGUCACAGGGCCUGUGAGCAUCGUCGAGAUUGCCCCCACUGAGAUUCGUGGACUGUUGGCAGUGUGGUUCAGCGUGGCCAUGCUGCUCUCCCUGACCGUCUCCGUCUUCAUCGUCUACGCCAGCUUCGUCCACGUGGCAGUCGGCAGGAUGCAGUAUCAGCUCGUCUUCUUCUCGCCGACCAUCGUCAUGGCGAUUCUGAUCUUCCUCAGCUUCUUCCUGUACGAGAGCCCCCGCUGGCUGUUCAUCGCCAGACGCGAGGACCAGGGCAUCAGCAACUUGGUUGCCCUUCGAGGCCUCUUGGCCAGCCAUCCCCGCGUGGCCCAGGAGAUCGAAGACAUCAAGUGUCAGAUUGCCAAGGAGGAGGAGAAAUUCGGACGUAAUCCUGGUGUUUUGGUCCUGAUGAAAGACGCGUUCCUGGUUCCGACGAAUUUGCGCCGCGUCCAGCAGUGCGUUAUUUCUUACGCACUCGCGCAGCUUUCCGGAGCAAACAGUGUCACCUCUUACCUCGUUCCCAUUCUCGCCAUGGUUGGUGUGAGCGGUGGAACUUCACGAAGUCUUUUCUUGAGCGGCAUGUACAGCAUGGCCAAGUUCUUCUUCACUCUCAUUGCUAGCUUCUUCUUCAUCGACGCGCUCGGCCGCCGUCGCAGCCUGUUUACGGGUAUAUCCAUUCAGAUGAUCUCUGAUCUAUACCUUGGAGUCUUCAUCAAGUUUCGGCAGGAGGGUCCAGUUGCCCCGGGCUCCAGUGAGGCGGCUAUCGCAGCCGUCUUCAUCCAUGGAUUCGGUUAUGCCGUUGGUCUUCUUGUCCUUCCCUACGUGUUCGGUGCCGAGCUAUGGCCCAACCAUCUCCGCUCCUUCGGCAGCGCCUUUUCCCAAUUCUUCCACUGGUUGUUCUUCUUUGGGGUGAACAAGGGCAUGCCCUCGCUCCUGAAGCAGACCAACAACUGGGGUGCCUUCAUCUUCUUCAGCGGAUGGUGCUUCUUGUCUCUGGUCUACGUCUACUGCGUUGUCCCUGAGACUUCUCAGCAGAGCCUGGAACAGUUGGACGAGCUGUUCAAGGGCCCUUGGUGGAACGUCAAUCGCAGGGCCAGGCAGAUGAAGAAGGAGGCCCAAGAAGCCGUCCUUGACGCUCAAGACAGCGAGUCUGAUUGCAAUGUCAGCAAGGACAAGUCACAAACCGUGAGCCAGAAGGUCUGA